UUCGAUGUCUGAGCCUAAUUCCUCUCCAUUCUCCGAGACCAAUGCACCGCUGCCAGAGGAGCAGCUGAACAGCAGUGGCCCACCCAGCAGGAUAGUGGACUUUGCAGCCUUCGAACACCAGAAGGAAAACAUCCAGCCGCUUCGCCGCGGCCGCGCAGCCAGUACUCUUGCCAUGCUCUAUGGCACUCCUGUGCCAACAGCAGAUGAGGAAAACACCAAUCCUGAGCCCCUAAACAGCAUGGCCCGGCAGAGCUUGCAGCCUGCACGACCCCUGAGUUCUGAGCCGCCACAGCAGCAGGCUGCAGAGCAGCACAACAGCCCGUCAGAGAUUAAGGUGACUGGAAGGUUGCAGGCCCAGAAUGCGCAGUUUCAGGCUGAGAUUUCUGCGAUUGAUCCGGUCGAAACCGAGGAUCCGUUAGAUGUGUACUAUCGGUAUAUCCAGUGGCUGUUCGAGGUGUUUCCGCAGGCAUCUGGCCACCAGGCAAUCAUAAAGCUGGUGGAGGCCCCACUGACUCUAUUCCGCGGCCAGGAGCGGUAUCGCAAUGAUGCGCGGUACGUGAAAAUGUGGCUAUGGUAUACCGGACUGAUUCAUGACGGCCAAGAAGCAGUGUUCCAAUACCUGCUCUCUAACAAAAUUGGCGAUUCGCUAGCAGUCUUGUACGAGGAGUAUGCAAAGCUUUUGGAGUCUCGAGGGAAAACUCCUCGUGCGGACAAGAUUUUCCAGCUGGGCAUUGCGCGAAAGGCACAGCCGUUAGCUCGGCUUGAGCGGAGGCAUGUCGAGUUUCAGCGCAGGGUCAUGGCGCGUACCAUGCAGAAUAUUGAGCGGGAACAGCACCAACACCACCAACAGCAGAGCGGACGGGGCAUUGCUGGCAGCCAUGGAAACGCGGAGCGCACAAUGCUUGGAACAAAACGAUCCAGUCGGGCUACACGGUCUGUUGCCGCAAAUACUCUAUCUGCAUCGCACCGCGGCCUACCAGACCAGCACCAGCAACAGCAGCGGAACACAACUCUACGCCCAAAUUCGCGAAUUGCAGUGUUCUCCGAUCCAGGCGGCAGCCAUGCAGGUUCUAUGUCGGUUAACAGCGAAAACAGCCACAGCGAUGACGCGACGCCUUGGCGCGAUGUUGGUUCAGAUGAGUGGCGACGCAAGGAGAAUAUGCCUGAGGCAACCAGUUGGCGCGGACAGACAUUGGAACAGCGCCGGACUCUGAGAGAUGGUACACCUGGAACGCCAGCGGUUGAAAAGUUCGCUGUGUUUUGUGACGACACUGGCGAUGCCUUUUCGGCUGCAUCGGCGCAGAUAUUAGAUACGACAGAGCCUGUGGGUUGUGUCAGCUCGGCCCUCACCCCCCGGCGUAGCCGUAGCCAAGCGGCGCAUACGACGGUUGAGAAUCUACUCAACUCUUUUGACAAUUUGGAUACACCGUCAACAAACAGGACUCGGCACAUGGUAAAGGGCAAAUCCAAACAGCUGGCUGGAAAGAACCCAGAAAGGAUGGUGAUGCCUGCCUAUAUGUUGUUUCCACAUGGUGGCGACGUGCCACAGUGCGCGGAGGAAGCCCGUGCGCAGCUAGCCAGAUAUGCGUUUGACUACGAGGCGUGGCAUGAGGAUGAACAGCGGAAACUGAAGGCGAUAGAAGCGGAGCGCGUGGCAGUAUCUGCUACAAAAUUGGGACGCGAGGCUUUACAGCGUAGCAAUAUCCCGCUGAACGAUGAUGACUAUAAUGAUGGCGAGGACGACGAGGACGAUGAGGACGAUGGUAUCGCAGAUGAGUCGGCCUCGCCAUCAUUGCUCGGAAAGCGGAAGGCUGCGGCAUCUUCUCCAACAAUCAAUACCCGUGCAGCCCAGGAAGGUAUGUUGGAGAUUUGGAACGACAUGUCGGACUCGGACUCGGACUCGGAGAGCCUGCAAGGGCUGCAGGCCAAGACCAAAUUGAGAAAAAUAUCCAGCGUGGUUGACGACGACUACCAGUUCACCAUGGGGCCAGUUGCGCCGAAUAUCAUGCCAGAGGGCCUUGCAGAGAAGCCGGCCGUGAUCCCAAGCUCGACGCGCUCGACACGCUUUCGGUCAUUCCAGGACAAUGCUGAUGCCAGCUCGCGCAUAGCAAAAGACGAGAAUGACCCACCGACACUGAUGCUGAGGGGAGUGCACUCGUUUACUCAGCCGGACCUGAUGAGUCCAAAGGCGAAGGCCACACCCUUGGCUGCGCGCAGUCAGUCACGGCCGUUGUCGGGUGCUGCUACAGUUGGUGUGGUUCGUCGAAGCCAGCCCCACUUUAGGACGAGUAGCGUGGAUGAAGGUGGUGCACCGCUAAUUUCAAAAACACCAAUAGCGCGACGGGUAUCUGUGUUCAAAGAUAGUUCGCCCCUUCACCCGUCGCUAUCGCCGAUUCUUGACUCAGACCCCUCUCCUCUUUUUGUGUCAUCAGCAGAUGCAGCAUCCACACCAGCCCCGCUUGGAAAAAGAUUCGCUGUGUUUUCAGAUUCGCCAUCGGCUGUCAGCGAUGUUGUAGAUGCAAACAAUGCUGAUAUGCACCAGGGUGUGUACGGAUCAAAGGACAAGCCCAGCGGCUUAUACUACUCAACACCAGCACACGGCCGCGCGCGUUUUGUUGGUAGGAGCAAUUUACUUACCCCCGCACAGAGGCCUGUCUCGAAUUCGGCUUAUCCACAAACCCCUGGACAUACUGCCAAUGCAUCAGGCUAUCUGUCAGGCAGUGGCGCUGAGCUGACGGGAGUCACCGGAUUCACGGGGCUGUCAUCGAUUGGCAGCUCUACAGCGCUGCUGCUUCGUGGAGAGCUUGAUAUAGAGAGCGAGAGGGACGCUGAUGCUGGUAACAAUCACACCGACGACGAUGAGCAGCACUCCGAGGACCCUGUGGCACAUACACCCGUGCGCAAGCGCCUGUCAAUAGCCGUCAAAGAUCUGGGGAACAUCACGCCACGGUUCCCCAAAUCGCCUACUGAUACCAACAGCCAUUUCAUGGGUCUUGAUGAUGACGAUGAAGAUGAAGAUGGCGAGGACGACGAAGAUGAGGAGCCACAUACUGAAAAUAUUGGCGAGUUUGGCAAUUUGGACAGUCAAAUGCAUGAGCUUCAAGCGGAGCUUGGUGGUGGUCGGUUUGCACAACCUAGCACACCUGCCCAACAGCAGGAGCGCCCGUUUAGCGUGUUCCGGGACUAGAGUUUCAGUUCACUUAUAUUUGCAUAGCCGAAUGGCUCACACUACACUUACUAUAUCUUCCAGCGGAAACCAAUAUAAAUGUACUAGAAAUACUCUGCUCGCGAUGCGAGCUCGGCUGCUAGUCAGCAUGGGUUGACAUGUCGAUAAGAGCAU